AUGAAGAAAUAUACCAUGCUGAUGACUGUGAAUUGGCAAGCAAGAAAAGGAAAAAGGAUCAUUUUAGGAACACUACAAAAUCUCAGUAGGCAUGGCUAUUGCACUUUGGGAGAAGCUUUUAAUCGCUUAGAUUUUUCAAGCGCAAUUCAGGACAUCAGAAGAUUCAAUUAUGUGGUAAAACUUUUGCAAUUAAUAGCAAAGUCCCAGUUGACUUCAUUGAGUGGUGCAGCUCAAAAGAAUUAUUUCAAUAUCUUGGACAAAAUUGUUCGAAAAGUUCUGGAAGACCAAUACAACCCACGUCUAAUCAAAAACCUUCUUCAGGACCUGAGUUCUACACUCUGCAUAUUAAUAAGGGGCGUGGGGAAAUCAGUGCUGGUAGGCAACAUCAAUAUUUGGAUUUGCCGAUUGGAAACUAUCCUUCUGUGGCAGCAACAGCUCAAUAAUCUUCAGAUGACCAAGCAAGUCAACAAUGGGCUUACACUCAGUGAUCUUCCUUUACAUAUGCUGAACAACAUCUUGUAUAGAUUCUCAGAUGGCUGGGACAUAAUUACUUUGGGCCAAGUGACUCCCACAUUAUAUAUGCUCAGUGAAGACAGACAGUUAUGGAAAAAGCUCUGCCAGUACCAUUUUGCUGAAAAACAGUUCUGUAGGCACCUUAUUCUGUCAGAAAAAGGUCAUAUUGACUGGAAGCUGAUGUACUUUGCACUUCAGAAAUGUUACCCCAUAAAGGAACAAUAUGGAGAUACCUUGCAUUUCUGUCGCCACUGCAGUAUUCUCUUCUGGAAGGAUACAGGACAUCCCUGCACAGCCAAUGAUCCCAACAGCUGUCUCAUGCCAGUGUCUCCUCAGCACUUCAUAGACCUCUUCAAAUUUUAAAUGCAAUCAGUUUUUAACUUUUGGUGGUUUUUUCCACUUUUUGCAUAGCCAUGCAGUAUGUGUAGUGCUUUUGUGCAAUAUUUCCCUGAAUGUGCUUUGUAGUUAAAAAGAGAUGUAAUAAGGUGAACAGGAGAGAAUAUUAACAGAGAAUCAUAUAAGAUGUUCAGUUUGUAGAAGGAAAACUGAAGAAACAUUCGUUUUGCAAGAGAAUGUGUACAAUGGAAAAGGAAUCACUGGAGUUUUAGUACAAAUUUUGGAACUCUUAUACAUCAAUGAUUUUUCACAGUAUAGUGAUUGUUUUAGAUGGUAACAGUAGGCAGUUUUCAUUUUGGUGACCAAAAGCAGCUUGCUUAUUUGAUCUUUGUUUUCUUCACAUCCUGUUUCAAAUAAACACAAUUUACACGUCCUAUAUAUUUGUUAAGAGGAUAUACUCCUUGGGCUUCUUUGUACAUAUCAUGUCAACUGUUGAGUAUUGCACAUUGGUAAAAGCGUACCUGUUGUGCAUCCUCUUAUGAAAGAAGCCAACUCCAUUUUGUAAAUACAUUAUGCAGAAUAUUUAUUUUUCUUAAAAUAUAUUUUAUUAAUUAUGUCAAACCUAUCUAAUUUUGUCUCAAACAAUGUGAGCUGCUGAUUGCCAGCUGCUGAAAUGAGAUGGAGUUUUCUAAUGGUCGUCCCAUCCUUUUGUAUGAUGGUGGUCUUUAAUUUCUAAAUUGUUAUAGUGUAGGUCUUUAUUGCCAUCCAGCUUUUAGAACAAGCUAUCUUAGCAGAGCUUUAACAGAAAAUUAAAAAGUAGUUAAGAGGUUCCAUAGCAAAAUCUCAAUUGGUACCAUGUAGCCCUGCUGUAGAAGAAGCCUCGUAACUAACUCCAAUGGAUCUGAAGAUAGAUUGGUAGCAGCUGGAACUCUCUUGGAAGCUACUCACUGGUUUUGCAGAUAUGGGAGAGUGUAGUCCACAUAGGGUGGAUUAAAAAAAGACUUGCAGCUUGUUCUGGAAGUCUUAAAACAAUUUCAAUCUGUUGUAGUAUGACUACAGGCUUUACAUUAUAUACCACAGUGUGUUUUCAAUCUAGUUUUGUAAACAAAUAAAUCAUGUUUUUGCCUUAA